AUGUACAACCCUGGCAACGGUAAUGUUUCAGGCAUUGGCAACGCUUCCAAUGUCAACAGUUCGAACUCUAAUACCAACUCAACCAACAACAAUACCACCACCAGCCUCAACAAUAAUAAUCCUAACAACUCUUCCAAUAGUUCGUGCGUCCUUUAUUUGGGCGCUAUUCCAUACAACUGGGAUGUUGAAGUUAUAAAGAGUGUUGUCUGUGGAUCGGGUCCUGUUGUUGAUGUUCGGUGUAUGAUGGAUAACGCUUCCAAAAAUAAAGGAUUCUGCUUCGUCGAGUACUCUUCUUCACAGGCUGCUGCUGAGGCCUUGUCUCUUCUUUCCAAAAUUAAGAUUGAAGGACGAAAGAAGCUUCGUAUUGAACUGUCAAAAGAGGGUCUCCGUAACCCUGUUCCAAGUCAGAAGCCCGAGCUUCACUUGAACAGGAAUUUCCUUCCUUCGAACGUGAUCAUUCCCCAAGAAAUGUUGCUAUCGAAUCUUUCUAGACCCCCCAUUAAAGGCAGUAACUACAAUAUGUCUUCGAGUAUGGGCUCGGGACUGCCUGGUUCUAAAACUGGCAACACUGCCUCUGCAGAGAUCUCUGCUAUUAUGGCAUCCAACUCUCAGAUCCAGCAAAUGGUCAGUCAGAUGAUUGCCAAUGGAAUGGAUAUGAACCAGAUCUCUGCUGUUGUCAAACAAUUGACUAGAUCUUCUCAGUCCCAGCAAGCUCCAAUGAUGCAAGCCAGUAUCAAUAGCGCUGCUUCCGCUCCAAACUCUGUCAACGCUCCUGUCAACGGUUCUUCUAACGCUGCUGCUGUAGCUGUCAGUGCUGCCUCUCCUGCUAAUGCUCCAUCUUCUAAUGGAAUGCCAACAAGUCUCUCGAUGGCUUCGCAAUUCUUGCCAUUGCCGCAGCAGGCACCUCAGCAGGCUAUCUACGCUAAAGAUAAAGUUUCUGAGACCCUCGCGUCGAUCCCUCCUGGUAUCCUCAUCGAACUUUUAGCCAAACUAAAACUUGUUAUGAGUGGCCCAUCACCCAACUACGCCCAGGCUGCUACCAUUCUGCACGACAAUCCAAAGUUGGCUGCCGCUGCUGCGCAAUCUUUGCUAUUGAUGGGCAUCAUUGAUAUGGAUGUGAUCAAUGAGACGAUGAGUGGUCAUUUCGCAGUCUCUGGCUUCGAUUCUCGUGCUAGUGCAAACUCGUCAUCUUCUUCUUCAAACUCCACCCCCGCUAACGUCGCUUCCACUGUCGCUAACGUUGCCGAUGUCAAUGGCGCUUACUUUUCUUCUACUCAUCACAAUCCCGCUAUCGCUAAUCCUUCAUCUUCCGUUGCAGUUAAUAACGCCUCUGCUCCUACCCCUGUUACUACUACUACUACUUCCAAUUCAGCUAAACCUAUAAACCCUGAUUGGUUGUCCUUCCCUCAACACACCAUCAGUAAGUUACUGGGAAUCGGUGAGCAAGAGGCUAAUUUAAUAGUUCAGGUGCUCAAAUUGUCUCCUCAGCAGAUCGAGAAUUUGCCUGAGAAUGAGAGAAUGAUGGCCAAUCAGAUCAGAGCUCAAUACCUUCAACCACAAGGUCAACCCCAAAGAGUGCCCCAAAGAGUGCCCCAAAGCCAACCCGCUUCAAAUCAAGUGCCGUCUACUCCUGAACCAUCCGUUUCACCCCAAAACCCUCAAAACCCUCAAAAUACCCAAAAUACCCAAAAUGCUCCCCGGAUUUUCACCAUCAGCACCAAUCUGCCCAUCAACGUUAAUAAUAUUGGAGGUGUUGUUCCCGUUCUAAAUGCUGCUGGUGUUCCAUUUAGUGCAGUCAUUGAGAAUGUCAUGGAAUUCUUCGAAACCACAGGUCCUGCAAAAAAGAAAAGGCAUUUCACUCAGGAGGCCAUUCAACAAUUAAAGGCCGUUCAUCCGGCUGAUCUACCUGCUAACGAAACGGAUAAAAGAUGCGCUAUCUGUUUUGAACCUUUCGAUGAUUAUGAUUCGACUGGCGUUGAUACCGUUACUGGCACGACUACUAGCACAUCAUUGAAAAACUAUCCCUCUCUUCCGCCUAUGAUGCAGGGUUACGAUCUCCAGGAUCCUCCUAUUUCUUUUCCUGUUGAUGAGACUGCAAGUACGGAAUCUCAUUACGAUGUAGGCCAUGAAGAUGUCAUCAAGAAGCAGGAAGCUGCACAAGUCAAAGCCUCCAAGAAGACGAUGGUCAACGAACACUAUGCUGUCAAGCUUCCUCAGUGUGACCACGUGUUUGGAAGAUCAUGUAUAGUUGAGUGGUUGAAGUCCAACGUUUCCUGUCCUCUGUGUAGACGUGAAGUGGUACCGGAGAUGUCUGAGGAUAACGACUCUGGAAGAUCUAACUUGAUAUUUUAUCCUGUGGCUCUCACCGAGAUCUUCAUUCCUAUUGAUUGGACAGGCCCUGCAAAUACGGGUUAUAGGAUGGAUGAUCCUCCUGUGAACUUCCCUGCUGCAGGCGAUGGUUUCUCUUCCGGUAGAAGAACAGGUCCCCCUCCAAACCAACCCCAACCUCACCAAUAG